UGGUUGUCACACCGAGUGUCACCCUCAGUAGUCUGCAAGCGACACACCAUCAAUCAUUGCUAUAUAACAGCUAUUUUGAAAAAAAGUGUGAAACGAACAAAAAGAGCAAUAUUCUUAAGUGAUAUCAAAAUAUACGCUAAAUAUAUUCAUUUAGACAUAAUUAAGCAAAUGGAUAACAAGUUACAACAAUUUUUAAAAUCUUACAAGAUAUUUAGCUUUAUCAUAUUACUAUGUGGGAGCUUUAAAACAACGCAGGCUUCACAAAAAUAUGCGUUAAAAGAAAUCAAUAAUACAUUUAUGUCCAUAUUUCAAACAUAUCACAAAAAUAUGAGCUCUCCAAAUGAACUUUUCCACUGGGAGGACUACAGCGUGUUAUCGGCUAUGUUACUCACAUCGUGUGCUAUCGGCGUAUUUUACGGAUACUUUGGAGAAAAACAAACAACAGGUGAUGACUUUUUAUUAGGCGGGUCAUCGAUGGGUACAUUGCCCACUGCUCUAAGUCUCGCUGCAAGUUUUAUAACAGCAAUAGAAUUACUGGGAAACCCGGCCGAAAUGUACAUGGCCGGUGCACAGUUUUGGAUGAUAUGUAUAGCAUUUGUAUGUGUUGUGCCUAUUGCGAGCAAUUUAUAUCUGCCAGUCUUUAUGAGGCUUAGGUUAACGUCGUGUUAUGAAUAUUUGGAAAUACGUUUCUGCAAAUCACUAAGAGUGUAUGCCAGUGCACUGUACAUAAUGCAAAUGAUAUUAUACACGGCGGUGGCCGUGUAUGCGCCGGCGCUUGCGCUAUCUGAUGGUAAAUAGACAUUUUAAUGAUAUUAUUUACUCGACUUCGACAUCUCAUUUCAUUCGCAUUAUACUUUUGCUAUUUCCUGCAUCUGUGCCGGGCAUUAGUCAUGGUUAGAUGGAAAACGCUAGGGGAACAGCAGAUCGUGUCAUACCCGGGCGUUUCAGUCUGUCAAAUUUUUUUUUCGGUCAUUGU